AUGCAGGGGUUGUGGUCCCGCGCUGUCUCGAAGCAGUCGUCCUGCCGCUGCGUCGGGUGUUUGAGCACCACGGCCAAUGGUGUCACUUCGAGAUCGGCUACCGCUGCCAGUAGAAGAAAGCUCCGAAUUGGUAACUCUGUCACUGCAUUAUACACCAGCAUCUUCGCCGCCGCCGCCCUUGCCGAUGCCAGCGUGAAGGAUCGACGCCGACAUGACUGGGACGAAAAGAUUGCCGCGGUCAAGGCGGAAGUGAGCGAAUUGGUGGAUGAGGAACAACGGAUUUUGGCAUCGCUACAAUCUGGAAGGGAGAAUCGAGGCCUCAAUCGUUUAAUGCAAGUGAGGGGAUUUGGCCCUGUUUCACGAUUCCCGUCCGGACUUCAAUCCCCGCCGGGCUUGAAUCGUUCUCUGAGAUCUUUCCAUACUGAGCGAAGACGAUUGAAUGCCGCGAAUGCUCGCAUGUUAGAAAAUUCGCCCGUUUUGGAAGAGGACGAUCAGAACGUCGACGAGACGGACGAGAGCGAGAUCUUUGUGGCGCAGGAGACAUUGCCUAGCUGGGUUCUUGAAGAUGAUCUUCGUCUCAAGGCUAUACAAAAACUUGCCUUGAGGCAGUUUGCUAUUCGAAUGUUGCUACGGCCUGCCAUUGCCCAUCGCUAUUCCGGCGUCUCGAUGAAUUACGCGGCGGACUUCGAGACUCCCCAGGUCAAUGUUUCCCAGCUCCUUGAGGAAUUGAAUACCAUUCGACACCGCAUGGUUGCAUUGAAGACACAAAGAGACGCGGCUUUCAGCGAUAUCACCAAGGACUAUGCUGCGAGUCAAUUGGGCGAAAUGCAAAGAGAGCGCGAGAUCCUUGACUCAGAGCUCACCAACGAUAUCCACAGUUACACCAGCCAGGAGAUGUCGCUUCAGGAAUUGCUUUUACGGCUAUCUAAUAAUAUCUUGAGUUCAAGAGAUCCAGAACGCCCCACGGCUUUCCGACUCAUGAUCAUGGCGUUCACACGGACCCGUCAAAAUGACUUGGUUGAGCUGCUUCUGCGAACAUUAUUACCGAACCGAUUCUACCUCAACCCUUCCCUCGUGAUUACGAUCAUAUCUUUCUUCAAGAAGUCAAAGAACCUUAAGGACUUUGACUUGUUCUUGAAGAUGCUCGGCGGAGAAGGAUAUUCUGUGAACUUGGGGAGUAGAGGCACUUACAAGCACCGAAAGGUCAAUGGGCUAGAAAUUAUUGUUCCCUCGUUGAACAGCACCAACCCUGUCAUCUAUGCCAGCUUGAUUGGUGCGGCAUUACGUUUUGAUCAACCCCAACGAGCCGACGCUUGGCUCCAGGCUGCACGGAGUGGGGGUUUCUUUGAUAGUUGGGAGACUCUUUUCACAUACCUUCGCUUUUACAGUAUUCGCCGAGACUGGGAGAAGGGCACCAAUGUGUUGAAGAGAGCCGUGACCUACCUCGUGUCGUCAACAGAUCAUCGUAUUGAUUCUGUCGAGCGAUUACUAGGAAGAAUGGUCGGCCUCUGCGAUUCGUGCGAUCGACUCGAUGCAUCAAAUGAAUUGAUAAAGGCUGCAAUCCACAGUGGAUUUGAUCCCAAACUCCUAUCACGGCAGGCGGAUAUGGCACCUUUCGUCAAUCAUGAUCUCAAACGAUGGUUUGCAGCUGCCAAGUCAACACCAAAGGAAAACAUCAACCGUCCUGUGUGGCAAAAGUGCUACGACUUCGGCAACACAUUUGGUGAAUAUCUAAGCCAACUUGAAAUCCCCUCAGAGACCACCAUCGCCCACCAAAAUGCCAGAAUGGCCGAACAGCACGCAGACAAUGCCAUGUCCGCCGCCCUCGGACACGGCAGAGGAAAGAAUUCUAAGUCUACCGGGAACACGCAUGCCGAAGACAUCUCCACCCUCAAAACUGAGGUUGCGCAACUCCGCGAGCUCGUUUUUGAACUCCGCAAACACCACAUCUCCGACUCCUCUACAAAUGGCUCCUCUUCUUCCGAUUCGAAGGGUGAACCCCCGAACCCUAUCCCCGCCUCCAGCGAGACCAACCCUCCCAUCAACAUCUCGACACCGAAAACUCUUCCCAUAAACCACAAAUUCACUCGAACCGCGGGCUCUAUCACGCUUGACAGAUCGAUGUCUACCUUGUCUCCUCAGAUACCCCCUAAACGUAAGACGAGGCAAAACAAACGCGCUACCAGGGCAUCUGCAAAGACGGCUGUUGCAGACUCAACAAUCCCUACUCCCACUGAGGCAUAA